UCUGCCGUUUUUUCCUGCUCACACACCCCGGCGUUUUUGCAGCUCCUCACCCACACAUCCCCUCCCAAUGUCCCGUUUGGCUUGCCGCGGACAGGCCCUCAGCCACCUCCUCCGUGCCUCACGGACUUUGACCACCAGUGCCAGGGUAUCUCCCACGGCCGCGUCGCUUUUACAACACCAGUCGCAAAAAUCGCCGGCGGCUAAUCCCCGCGUUUUCGCGGCCCGGCGCUUGGCCACAAAGGCAGACACGCUGAGCGCCAACUACGCGCGCGUAUACGACCCCGCCCAAACCGUCGGCUACGACAAGCUCGACACGUUUGCCCGCCGGCACUUUGGCCCCACGCCGCAGGAUGUGCAGCACAUGUUGGGUGCGCUCGGCUACACGGAUCUCGACGCGUUCCUCACCGCCGCGAUCCCCCCGCACGUGUUGGCCAAGCGGCCCUUGAAGGUCGAGCCGCAGGAGGGCUACACGGAGCUGAGCAUGCUCGAGCACUUGCACGGCUUGGCGCUGCAGAACCGGAUCGCCAAGUCGUUCAUCGGCAAGGGCUACGCCGGCACGCACGUGCCGCCCGUGAUCCAGCGCAACUUGCUCGAGCUGCCCGAGUGGUACACGUCGUACACGCCCUACCAGCCGGAGAUCUCGCAGGGCCGCUUGGAGUCCUUGCUCAACUACCAGACCAUGGUGUGCUCGCUCACCGGCUUGGACAUGGCCAACGCGUCGCUUUUGGACGAGGGCACGGCCGCGGCCGAGGCCAUGGCCAUGUCCUUCCACAACCUGCGCGGCAAGAAACACGUCUACGCGGUGGACGCCAACGUGCACCCGCAGACGCUUGCGGUGCUCCGCUCGCGUGCGGCCAACAUCGGCUUGCGCAUCGCCGUGCUCCCCUUGUCGACCCCUGAGGGCGUGGCGCAGCUCGACGACAUGGCCGCCACCGUGUGCGGUGCCUUGGUCCAGUACCCAGCCACCGACGGCCUGCUCCAUGACUUCUCGGCCGUCGGCGAGGUCAUCCACUCCAAGCUGAAGGGCUUGUUUGCCGUGGCCACGGACUUGCUCGCAUUGACCCUCUUGAAGCCACCCUCGGAGAUCGGUGCAGACAUCGCCUUGGGCAACUCCCAGCGCUUCGGCGUGCCUUUCGGCUACGGCGGACCUCAUGCGGCCUUCUUCGCCACCACCCAGAAGUUCUCCCGUAAGAUGCCUGGCAGAAUCGUCGGCGUGUCCAAGGACCGCUUGGGCAAGCCCGCUUUGCGUUUGGCUUUGCAGACCCGUGAGCAGCACAUCAAGCGUGAAAAAGCCACCUCCAACAUUUGCACGGCCCAGGCCUUGCUCGCCAACAUGGCCGCCAUGUACGCCGUCUACCAUGGUCCGCAGGGCUUGAAGAACAUUGCCUCCAGAGUCUACGGGUACACUCGUGUGCUCGCGGAUAUCAUCGAGACCAGCUCCCCACACACCCUCGCCAGCAACUCGUUUUUCGACACCUUGACCAUCAACCUUGAGGGCGUCUCGGCCGACAAUGUCUUGCAGCUGGCAUUGGACAACUACAACAUUAACUUAUUCAAGGUCGACGCGUCCACCGUCUCCCUCACAUUUGACGAGACCGUCACGCAGGCCGACUUGGAGAGCCUCGUGGUGCUCUUCACCGGAAAGUCCGGUAUUUCGUUGCCUGAUGACUUGCCCUGCUUGCCUGAACACUUGCUCAGAACGGACGCGAUCCUCCCCAACGAGGUUUUCAACUCGCACCACUCUGAAACAUCUAUGUUGCGUUACUUGCACUUGUUGCAGACCAAGGACUUGUCCUUGGCCAACUCCAUGAUUCCUUUGGGCUCGUGCACCAUGAAGUUGAACGCAACUGUGGAGAUGCAAUCAUUGUCUAUGCCCGGCUUCUCCCAAAUCCACCCAUUCGCCCCAACCAACCAGGCUUUGGGUUACAAGGCGAUGAUUGCCGAGUUCGAGAAAGACUUGAACGACAUCACUGGCUUUGCCGCCACCACACUCAUGCCUAACUCGGGCGCCCAAGGUGAGUACACGGGCUUGUCGUUGAUCCGUGAAUACUUCAAGGCACACGGCGAGUACGAAAAGAGAAACGUGUGCUUGAUUCCUGUUUCCGCCCACGGCACCAACCCGGCUUCUGCUGCCAUGUGUGGCCUCAAGGUUGUUCCCGUCAAGUGUUUGGAGAACGGUCUGAUUGACGUCGAAGAGUUGAAAAUUAAGGCCGAGAAGCAUAAAGACAACUUGUGUGCCAUUAUGCUCACAUAUCCUUCCACUUACGGCUUGUUUGAGCCUGGUGUGCGCCAGUCCAUCGACAUUGUCCACGAAAAUGGCGGACUUGUGUAUUUGGACGGUGCCAACAUGAACGCUCAGGUCGGGCUCACCUCUCCCGGCGACUUGGGUGCCGAUGUUUGCCACUUGAAUAUCCACAAGACCUUUGCUUUGUCUCAUGGUGGAGGUGGACCAGGCCAAGGCCCUGUUUGUGUUGCUGAACGCCUCAUUCCUUACUUGCCCGCACAUCCGUUUGUGGAUACUCCACAUGCCACCUCUGAGUCCAUCGAGGCAGUGAACUCUGCGCCAUUCGGCUCAGCUGCGGUGAUCCCCGUGUCGUACUCGUACAUCAAGAUGUUGGGCGCCAAGGCGUUGCCUUACGCCUCGAGUCUCGCCAUCUUGAAUGCCAACUACAUGUUGACUCGCUUGCAGGACUCUUACAGCGUUAUGUUCAUCGAUGCCACUGCCUCGAAAGAGGAGGGCACCAAGCACUGUGGCCACGAGUUCAUCAUUGACUUGCGUGAGUUCAAGGCCAUUGGCAUUGAGGCGAUUGAUGUCGCGAAGCGUUUGCAGGAUUACGGUUUCCACGCCCCCACAAUGUCGUUCCCUGUUAGCGGCACUUUGAUGAUCGAGCCUACCGAGUCUGAGAACUUGGAGGAGUUGGACCGUUUUGUCGAGGCCAUGUUGUCGAUCCGGAAGGAAAUCGAUGCUCACGCAAAGGGCGAGCCUUUAGGGAAGGUGUUGAAGAACGCCCCUCAUUCGCUCGAGGAUGUGAUCUCCACUUCUCAGGAGGAGUGGCAAGCAAGAGGAUACUCGCGUGAGCAAGCCGCGUACCCUCUUCCUGAAUUGAAGAAGAGCAAGUGCUGGCCCUCGGUUGCCCGGUUGGACGACACCUACGGUGACAUGAACUUGAUCUGCACCUGUCCUUCGGUCGAAGAUCUUGCCGAGGAGUAAGCGUUUUGAAUAUUUAUCAGUGUAAAUUAUGGAAUUCUAGGACCAUGGAAGGAAAGACUAGAGAUUAAUAGAAGAAUAGCCCUGUACAGGGCACGGAAGAUUUAGCAUUAUGUUGGUCGGCGUUCAGCAACAGACGUAAGGAACUACUUGAAGGACCAUAUACGAAUAAGAACCUCAAUCUACUUAUACAUCAAUAGUCUUUCAGUGUUUGGUCUCAGAAUGGCUCCGGUCUAGAGUCCCAUGUUGAAAGAACUUUCCGUUGCAAUGCAGAAUGAGAUGCGACCAAAAAGGGUAUAGAAAGAUGAAGCCUGGGUGUUUCCA